CCCAGCCUGCAGUCCGUGGGCCUCGUCAACCUAGGCACAACCGCACAAAGGUCGGAAUGUCCUUGGCAGAUCCGGCGUAACUCCGACAUAAAAAAGUCGCCUAGCCAGCAUCGCCAUCGGUAGGUUACGCUGGGGAAUGGAGCUUAGGGCGUAAGCGCAUAAGCGUCCUAUGUCGGUGCCUUUGUACCUGUCAGGUCCAGCACACAGAAACGGCCAAGCCUGUUUCCGAUAUUGUUAGGCUUUCGCGGCCUCGUACCUGUGCAUAUCACGCCCAGGCGGCUGCUGCAUCGCCUCAGCCCGGUACGCGACUUGUCUGGAGUGCAGGCCGCGGAUGGCGCACCCUACGCUGAUGCGACGUCCAAGUUUUGUCCCGAGCUGCUUGAUGGCUGUCAAGCAAAUGGGAAUCAAGGCACGCUUUCGUGACCAUCCCUGCGACGCUGCAGCAUAUAACAGUGCAGAGAGGCAGGAGGACAGCCCACCACCCCCGCCAUCUUAUCAUGCACCUUCCGCUCUUUACAGGUUCCCUGAUUCUAUCAUCUGCAGCGGGUUUCGCAGCAGCAGCAACAGCACAGAGCAUCAGCCGGGGUAAUUCAGUGUGCUCUCAAAUCCAGAGCACGAUCUCGACGCAAUCAGCUGUAUAUCUUCCUGGCCAGUCCGAGUAUGAUGCGGAUCAGACGCACUACUUUGCUUCUAGCUCGCAGCCAGCUCUGUGCACUGUGGAGCCCGGGACUCCCAACGAUGUCUCCCGUAUCCUCAAUGUCCUCGUGCAGCAGAAGGUUCCUUUUGCGAUCAAGGGCGGAGGACACACGGGUGGUCCAGGCUUCUCGUCAACCUCGGGAGUUCUGCUUUCCAUGAACCGGCUCAACACGGUGCAAUAUCAUGCGUCAAGCCAGACCGCAGAUGUCGGCGUUGGCCUGGUGUGGGAUGAUGUCUACGAACAGCUCCAGCAGUUUGGUGUGACCGUCGUCGGCGGUCGGGUGUCUGGCAUCGGCGUGGCCGGCCUGACGUUGGGCGGUGGUUAUUCUUGGCUCACGAACCAGUACGGCCUGGUUGUCGACAACGUUGUCGGCUUCCAGGUUGUGCUGCCCAACGGGAAUGUUGUCGUCGCGAACGCCCAGACAGCAUCUGACCUCUUCUUUGCUCUGAAGGGUGGAUACAACAAUUUCGGAGUUGUCACUCAGAUUACGUUCAAGACGUAUCCGAUUGGUCAAGUAUGGGGUGGAUACAUGGUCGUUCUCGAUGACCAGCUCAAUGCUGUGACCGCUGCGCUCAACAAGUAUAUCGCGAACGUUAAGGAUCCAAAAGCCGCACUUAUCGCUGCGUACACCGGCGUCCCAGGAGAGCUCCUCGCGUCGAUCGAAAUGUUCUACGACGGUCCCACGCCUCCAGCUGGUAUCUUCGAUGACUUCCUUAAUCUUACUUCUGUCCAAGGCUCCAUCGGGACUCGGUCCUUCCUUGAGCUCGUCCAGACGCCUCCUUCUGGUCAGGCUGCAGGGCCCGUUACUCGCGGCUACUAUGACACUGCCACUAUCGCUUCUCCCACUGGCCCCAUCAUCGAUGCAAUCGUCAAUGAGACCACUUUUUGGUCCACCCAGCUCGCGAGCAGCUCGGCCGUCGAGCUCGUGUAUGCCGUCGAGAUCUUCCUCCCAAACAUUUUGCAGCACGCCCCCGAGGGCUCUUCGGCGUACCCGCCGACGCGGUCCACGCAGUACCUACCGCUCGCGAUGAAUUUCCAGUACACCUCGGCAGGCGACGACGCGCUUAUCAAGGGCGCGAUGGCCAGCAGCGCCACGCAGCUCGGACAUGUUGCAGCCGCACAGGGCCAGAACACGGGCGCGGUACCCGUGUACGGCAACUAUGCGACGACGCAGUCGUUCUCCGCCCAGCGUAUCUUCGGUGCGAACCUCGGCCGGUUGCAGAGCAUCAAGCAGAAGUACGAUCCUUCGAACGUCAUGGGCCUCACUGGCGGGUGGAAGGUUUGAACUCUGCUCGCCGCACGUGUGUCAUCCCCGCCGUAAAGUUGCUGCUGCCCCCGUUGCGCCCAAGCACAUUGCUAUCACAAGUCGCUCUUUUGUCCCGCGUAUUAAUUGAUGUCAGUGAUGGACCGUGUAGUGUACAUAGAAACGCGUGUAUACCCGGCUUGCAUUUCUUAAUUUAUCAGACAGACGGACAAGCCUUUUGCGUUUCUAUUGUACACGUCUUUGGUCAGCACGGAUUUCC